UCAAUUUGAUUUUAAAUCAAAAAUAUUCCCGUAUAAAAAUGGCCCCUUGACCUAUAUAUGACCUGAAAUUUUUUGUAUCCAAUGUGAUAAAAAUACAAUUAAUUUUAAUCAAAAUGUUACGUUUUUUAAAAUAAGGAAAGAAGUUUGUUUAUAAAUUUUACCUAGAAAGUUUUUAUACUUCUUAUUGGAUAAUAAGUGUGGAAGUUUGUAUAAAUAUUUAUUAAAAUUGAACUCAAAUCACACAUGCAAUUUGCACAUGAUCCAGUUUAAUAAAAAUGUGGCAUAAUGCCUCUCACCGAAGCCAUCAAAGAUCGAAUGUUGAUGUUGACAUGAGAGUGAAACUGGAGUAUCAAGGCGAAAGAAGGAUUGUUCCAAUUGCUCGUCCUGUUAUGAUUGAUCAAUUGCAGAUAAAAAUAAAAAAAGCUUUUGGGGAAGAAUUAGAUAUCAAUUAUGAAAACGGAGCAGUUUACAUUCCUAUAACAAAACAGAGAGAUUUAGACAAAGCUAUUGCAUUAUUGGAUCAAUCGCCUCAUUUAACCAGCUUGCGCUUAACUCUUACUCAGAAGUCCAUUUCAUCAGAUACACUCCUUGAACAUGAUCGUGUUAAUGACUACAAUGAAAAUAUAUUAUCUUAUGUUGCUUCCAGACCUCUCCCAAUAAGAACACGUUCUAAUCCAGAAGAGCUUAGUUCUCCAGAUAUAGAACUUAGUAAUCUGGUCAGACCCCACUCAAUGCAUAUUCCACGUAGUAGCUUAAAUUAUGGAGAUUCACCGCCACCUGGUCAUUAUCAUUUAAAAAACAAUUUAGAUACUCACGAAGUGCAAAAUGGUGGAGGAGUGUUCAUUCCAGAAGACGGAAAUGAUGAUGAAUAUAAUCGACUCAAUCAGCAUUCAAAAGACAACUUUGACUGCAUAGAUCCAUUGUCACAUUUUAAUCAGAAUCAUAAUAAGCAAAGUUUUGAAAGUAUGUUUGAAUCAUCAUUUAACAUAGGAAAUUCAAGUAACAGAAAUCUAAAUAAUGGCUUUGAAAAAAAAAGAAGACCACACAGUGAACUUAUAUCUGACACAUAUGCAACAAUUGAAUAUGAUUCAGAUGGAGGUUCCAGGUCUAAAUCGACUUUACAACAUCAAUCUGAUUGGAAUUUACAUCAAGAUAAUAUUGAAGAUACAUUCAGAUGGAUGGACUGCCAUUCAAAUAAUUUUGUCCCAAUUCAACGAGCAUCAUCUUCGUCAAGUGUAGGCUAUGGCAGCAAUUCUAGCAAUGAUGGAUUAAUGUUGGAUAGUGAAUAUAGUUAUUGUAACAAUAAGUUGUUACUUAACAACCAUGAUAGGUUAAACCUAGAUGAGCCUCUUGAAAAUGAUAUUAACUUUAAAUGGAAACAAGUCAGACAAAUUGGUUCUGGUGGAUUCGGAACGGUUUAUCUUUGUGUAGAUUUAAAUACUGGCAAAGAACUGGCAAUGAAAUAUAUUGAAACUGGUCACAUUAAUACUGCUGCAUUAAAAGAAGUAGAAAUACUUCAACGAGAAAUUUCACUUUAUAAAACUUUAAACCAUGAAAGAAUUGUGGAGUAUUAUGGCACAAUUCAGGCUAACACAUCAAUUUCUAUUUUUAUGGAAUAUAUGGAGGGGGGAUCUAUCCAUGAUAAAAUAUCAAAAAUUGGUGCUUUAGAUGAGAAGGAAACAUCGUGUUAUUGUUUUCAAAUUCUUGAAGGCAUCAAUUACUUGCACAGUAAAAAUAUAAUACACAGAGAUAUUAAAGGUGCCAAUAUAUUACUAGAUUCUAGUGGUAACUGCAAACUUGCAGAUUUCGGUGCAUCAAAGCAAAUUCAGACUAUUCGUUCACAGACAGGAUGUAAAUCUGUCCACGGGACACCUUACUGGAUGAGUCCUGAAGUAAUUAAUGGUGCUGGAUACGGAAGAAAGGCUGAUAUAUGGUCAUUAGGUUGUACUGUAUUAGAAAUGCUCACUACAAAACCACCCUGGUUUCAAUUUGAACCAAUGGCUGCCCUUUUCAAAAUUGCAACACAAACAACAAUACCUCAUCUUCCUGAUGACUCAUCAAUUUCAUGCAAAAGAUUUGUUGAUGAUUGUUUUAAAAGAGACCCUUCCUUACGACCAAAUGCUUUAGAGCUGUUGUCAUAUGCAUUUGUGAAAAGAUAACGAAAUGCUUUUGUAUAUGCUUACAUUUUUAAAUUUAUCUGACCUAUAAUAUACAACCUAUAUAUUAACUAUAA